AUGAACGUUUUGUGUAAAGAAUACAUACGAUUCUAUGUACAGAACAUGAUAUGUUACAAAAUAAAAAACAUUAAUGCAAACGCAUUUAGUGGCAACGUUCCCCUCAUCAUUAUUGUCACUAGUUGUUACAAAAAGCGUUUACACAAACACUCACUGUAUGCAGGUAACAAUUACUAUUCAAAGAGCUUAUUAUUUUGUAGUGGAAAAGUCAGCUUAGUAGUCAGAUACGUUACUCGCUUAGUAACUACUCACUUGGACGUUUCAGCAUCAGACUAUCCUGUUUCCAACUCCAACGCACGGCGUAUCGCGGUUGAAAUGGCCAUGGAUUCAGACACUGUACAAAGAAAUGUUAUUAAUUGUAAGAGGAAACGCGCUGCAGGACUCGCUCUUCCUCUCUUGUACUCACUCCACGUGCAUCGCAACGACCCAAUUAUCUUCACCAAAGCAGCUUGUUUAUGCGUGGCUGUUACACAAAUACCAGUACACUCGUCUUUCUGUCUCGCCCAUCACGAGAGGCUUCAGGGGUUGCUCGAACAGAUGACAGAUUAUUGCGCGAAAGCCAAGUCGUACGAACGAUUCGUGCUACAACGUUACGUCAACAAAUACUCGACGUUUUACGGGGUGUCCGCGACAUGGUUCUACGUUACCGCGGCUAUUUUCGUCGUUGGAACUCUGUUCGUCGAUCAGCCCUUUCCAACAGAAGCGGAGUACCCGUUUAACGUUGAUUACGAGCCUCUGAGGACGACGCUUUUCCUUCACCAAACAGUCGUCGGUUUUCAGUGUGCUGCGAACGUGUGCGUGAACGGGUUUGCUGCAAUGCUGCUGUUAUUCGCAGCUGCUAGAUUCGAGAUCAUAAUGAUAGAGCUGCGCGCUGUUCAAGAUAUCCAAAUGUUGGUAGAGUGCAUACAAAAGUAUUACCACGUGAAAAGAUACGCGCAAGAAGUGGUCACGUUUGCGCAGUACAUAGCUCUCACCGCGACGAUUGUGGCCAGCUUUCUGCUCGUACUCUGCGGUUUUCAUAUUGUCGGACGGCAACCGCUUGCGAUAAAAUUGCAAUUCUUAUUCUUGGCUAUGACUGCGCUAAUGGAAGUUUUCAUGUGCGCCUGGCCGGCUGAUAACUUGUUGGACGUGAGCGAAGGUGCUAUUCGAAGCUUGUACGAAGUAGAUUGGUACGAUCAAGAUUUGAACAUGCAGAGGACCGUGAUGCAAACUUUGGUACCUCAGAAACCGAUAGCCAUCAGCAUUGCGUGCGUCAUCCCAGUCAUGUCGUUAAACUAUUAUUGCUCGUACGUGGCGAAUGCAUUUUCGAUAUUUACUGCGCUGCGUGUCAUGCUUAGCGACGAAGACGAAAGUUUGUUGCCAAGAACUAAUAAUACUAUCCUAACUACUGACUAGAAUCGCCUAGGUGUACAUUACUCUACAUCUACCAAAGGUUUUAAAAUUUCUUAAUUGUGCAUAUUAACUUCCCUUGUAAGACAAAAGUAGUUUAAUAUUCACCGACCAAGUUAUUAGGGAAGUUAAAUGAAUGGAUCGAAUAGGAAACGAUAAGAUUAUAAAUGAACGUUUUGUGUAAAGAAUACUUACGAUUCUGUGUACAAAACAUGAUAUGUUACAAAAUAAAAAACAUUAAUGCAAACGCAUUUAGUGGCAACGUUCCCCUCAUCAUUAUUGUCACUAGUUGUUACAAAAAGCGUUUACACAAACACUCACUGUAUGCAGGUAACAAUUACUAUUCAAAGAGCUUAUUAUUUUGUAGUGGAAAAGUCAGCUUAGUAGUCAGAUACGUUACUCGCUUAGUAACUACUCACUUGGACGUUUCAGCAUCAGACUAUCCUGUUUCCAACUCCAACGCCAGCGUAUCGCGGUUGAAAUGGCCAUGGAUUCAGGCACUGUACAAAAAAAUGUUAUUAAUUGUAAGAGGAAAC